CAUUUAACUUAACCUCACUUCAACAGUCAACACGUUCUUGCGCCCGAGUUUGUUCGAAGUUUAGCUUCAUCUCUCACGAUUCAUCUGUUCCACUGAUUCUCUCUCUCUCUCUCAAAUAGCAGACAAGAACGAUUUAGACCCAAAUCCUCCCGCCGGUACGUAUGUCCAAACACCUCUGCUGCUUUUCUUUUUUUCUCUCCACCAGUAAUCUUGAUUCUGUUACUACUCCUUGUGAAGCGGAAGAUGGAACGAUUCGCUUCCCAGUAAAGAAGAGAUCACUGCCUGAAAGAUCACUUACUGGGUUUGAUAGAGCACACGAGCCCGAGUUCAAGAAACAGAAACUCGAACAGCUCCAGAGAAAAGCUUAUCACUCUGCCCUCCUUGCUUCCAAAUCAGAAUCCUCGGGAACAUCACACAAGUCUCAUAUCAUACAAAAGCUGAUGAACGAGUGGAACAUCGAUCAAGAAACUCACAUCUCUGUUGCGCAUAAGAUUGAUCACUCUGAAAAGAAUGCAUCUUGGAUGAUUCCAAACUCUCUUCCUAAUCCAGAGUCUCUUGUUGGAAAACGUGUCCAUGCAAGAUCCCCCGAUGAUGAUUCACCAACGAACAAGAAGAUCAAACUCCAUAAACAGGCUUACGACCUUGUUCUCUACGCCUUCAACGCAGAAUCUCCAGCACUAUCACACUCAAGGACUUUGAUCAUGCAACACCUCCUGGACGAAUGCAACAACAAAGCUCAUAUCAAUAAGAUAGUGGAGCCAAGAUCCAGACUCUUACCCGAAGGCUUACAUUUUCGUCCAACAGAUCUUGAGAUGGCAAUCUUUUUAAAACAAAAAGCUCUAGGACAGCCAAUAGAAGCCUGCAUCAUACCUGAAGAACGUCACGACAUCUUCUCAAUACCACCUCGUGAUUUGCCUGGCUAUCCAGAAGAAACACAUUGGUAUUACUAUUGCUGGAAAUCUACGGGACAACAAGACCCUCGAAGUCUCUGGACACGGUUCCGUGAAGAUACUGCUGUGUUCGAUGAAGAGGAGAACUGUGUCGCUAUCAAACGUAGGUUUACUCUCGUUGAGCGGGAAGAAGAAUGUAAUGACGUUUUCUUGCCUGACGAAGAAGAACCUCCAGUGGAAGAAUGGUUCAUAAAAGAGAUUAGUCUACCACCAAGUGUUGCAGAUAGUGAGUUUGUUUUGUGCCAUGUCGUUCUCAAGAAGAGGGAGAAGAAGAAAGAAGAAGAAGAAUACUACGACGAAGAAGAAGAAGAAGAAGAAGAGGAUUAAAUCGUUACAAUGUAAAACAUACAAAACUGCUUUUAUGAUUUUGCAUUUUACUUAGUUUUACUGCUCUUCUCAUGAGAAUCUUAGCGCUCCAUUUAGGUCAGGAGAUGAAAAACUUGAAAACCAAACUGUACCUGUUGAGAAACUGUUUUAAGAUAUGUUGUGUUGGCACAGAAAAAAAAAAAGAUAAGAUGUGUGUUUAGGUUCAUAUACAUAGAACAAACCUAGCUUUCUCCCUGAGAGUAAUUAA